UUUUCAGCAAUGCAGUUUAUUUGCAACCCAUUUGCAAUUUCUCUAAUGCUGAUUUCUGGCAUAUCACCUGGACGGGAAUGCCGCUAAAUGGUGCAUGUGUGAGUAGCGUGCCUUCGUGCGGCAAGAUGUUUGUAGCUUUGUGUUGGCUAAUGAAAGGCAUGUCGAAGGGAAUAUUUUCAUUCCCAUCAACUUCUGUUGUUCGUGUGAAGUCAAGGACCAGUUUUUUUUUUUUUUUAUCUAAAUACAAAAUGCUACGGAAAACUUUCAUCUCCAAAGGGUAUUAUGGAACUGAAACCCAAGAUUCUCAAACCCCAGACAGGAGUCACCAGGGUCCCAUCUUGGAUCCAGCUUGGGCUUCAUUCACGGUGCCCAUUCAGACACAGAUAACCUUGCAGCUGACUUCUCUUGAUGUCACUGUUUGCGAGAGGACUCAAGACUCUGUGCUCUGGAGGUUAGACUCUAAUGUAGGGCCAGACCAAGGGUGGGCAAUUCUUCAACAAAGGGGCCGCCACCACAAGUGGGUGUAGGUUUUUGUUCAAUGAAGAGGACACCUUUCCACCACUCAGGUCUCUUCAGAGUGUCAGCAGUUGAUUUUCAAUCAGACUCUGAAUCUGUGGAGGCCCGUCUCUCCCUCUCCCGGCUCAAAGCAGACAUGUUCUUCUCCUUUGUUCCUGUAUGAUGCUGGAGUAAGUGAACUGUCAUCAGCCAUGUUGUGAAGUCUUCUGCCUUCUUUCUACACUGUUUGGAUCAGUCAGAUUAAAGAGACCAUCGGAACAAAAACAGAAAAAAAAACGCACAACAACCACAGCAGAGGAAGCAAGACGGAAACGGCCAUGGCUGAGGGGAUGAUUGCUUCCCAAAGUGAACCGUGACAGAAUGGUCGACUGUUCAAGCAAAGUCAUGCUGCACACGGUCGUCUCGUGCUGGCAACCUUUCCUGGGACUGGCCCUCGUGGCUGUCUUUGUGGGGUCCACCUUAGGUUGUCCAUCCCGCUGUGAGUGCUCAGCGCAAACAAAAGCGGUCGUCUGUCAUCGGAAACGUAUGCCCAGCAUCCCAGAUGGCAUUCCUGGCGAGACCAGAAUCCUGGACCUGAGUAAGAACAAGCUGACAAUGAUCAACCCUGAUGACUUCUUUGCUUUUCCUGGUCUUGAGGAACUCGACCUGAGUGGAAAUAUAAUAAGUUACGUGGAACCCGGAGCAUUCAAUGCCCUGUUUAACAUGCACUUUCUCAGUUUGAAGAGCAAUCGCAUCAAGCUGAUUCCUCUUGGGGUCUUCACUGGAUUAACAAACCUCACUCGGCUGGAUAUUAGCGACAACAAAAUCGUCAUUCUUUUGGAUUAUAUGUUCCAGGACUUGCACAAUCUGAAAUUUCUCGAAGUGGGUGACAAUGACCUGGUUUACAUUUCUCACCGUGCAUUCAGUGGACUUUUGAGUUUGGAGAUACUUACUUUAGAGCGGUGCAACCUCACUGUGGUACCCACAGAGGCUCUUUCACACCUGCACAACCUGGUCAGCCUUCACCUACGAUACCUCAGCAUCGGUACCUUGCAUCCUUACUCAUUCAAGAAGUUGUUCCGGCUGCGCACUUUAGAGAUAGACCACUGGCCUUCACUUGACCACGUUCCUGCCAACACCCUCCAUGGCCUAAAUCUCACCAGUCUGUUCAUCACCAAUACCAAUUUGUCCUCAUUUCCAUACCAGGCCCUCAAGCAUCUUCCCUACCUGACACACCUGAACCUGUCUUUUAACCGCAUUCGCCACAUCGAAGGCGGCAUGCUAAUGGAACUGAUCCGGCUUCGUGAGCUUCAUCUCGUGGGAGCUCAACUGACUGCGAUAGAACCUUUCGCCUUCCAGGGUCUACGUGGUCUCAAGGUUCUCAAUGUCUCUCACAACCGCCUGGACACGUUGGAAAAGGGAGUUUUCCAGUCGCCUGAAGCUUUGGAAGUUCUUUUGAUUGACAACAACCCGCUAGUUUGCGACUGUCGACUGAUGUGGAUUUUACAGAAAAGGCACUCAAUCUUCUUUGGUGAUUCCCAGCCAGAGUGCAGCACCCCGGAGGGAAUUCAUGGCCGGCCGUUUAAGGAGUUUAAGGAAGCCCUACUAUCCUACUACGUGACGUGCACAAAGCCAAAAAUUCGGGAGAAUAAAACGCAGACAAUCACUGUGGAUGAGGGCCAGCAAGCGCUACUGCGUUGCAGUGCUGAGGGGACGCCGAGGCCUAUUGUGUCCUGGGUGUCGCCUCGUAGACGUGUCCUCACAGUCAGAAGUCAUGGCCGAGUCAACGUCCAUCUUAACGGCACACUUGAAAUCAAGUCCGCAGAGGUGCAAGACAGCGGUGUGUAUCUUUGUCUUGCUUCCAACACGGCUGGAAACGACACGCUGAUGACUUCUUUGGCAGUAAAAAGUCUUGGAUCACUUUACGCGAACAGGACCCAGUACUACACCGAUCCCAAUAAUACUACUGCCAACAGCACCAUCGGUGGGACCCUUGGCUGGGACCUUAAGACUAUUUUAGUGUCAACAGCGAUGGGAUGUUUCACAUUCCUGGGAGUGGUCUUGUUUUGUUUCCUGCUUCUUUUCGUUUGGAGCAGAGGGAAAGGAAAGCAUAAAAACAACAUCGACGUUGAAUAUGUGCCUCGCUCGAAGUCUAAUGGCACCAAUGUGGACUCGGCAGAUGUGCAAGAUGGAGGUCGCCGUUUUAACAUGAAAAUGAUGUGACUUGUUUUGUAUUUCCAAGAAUUUUCUUCGGGAAGAACUCAAGUAUAUUAUAUGUUUUUGUUUGGGUUUUUCCAACUUGGACUACAGAACUUCCCGAUGCAGUGGGAAGAGCAGUGGUGGAGCAUUUGUGGCUUUGUGUAUCCAAAAGAUCUCGGGAUUGAGAUUUGCAGGACAUUCACCGACAUAAUUGCCAGAACUUCUUCAAUGUGGAUGCAGAAUGGUACAGUUACAGGGGAACAAUUUAUUGUAAUUUAUCUGCUUUUUGAAAUUUAUAUUCCCCUAAAAAAUAACCAUUCAGCUUCUCUGUGGAUCUGAAGACUCUAAACCAUGUACAGAAGAAAUUUGUAUCUAAGCUAUUAACCUUCUUUGUUUUGUCUUGCGCCAUGCUUAUUCACAAAGCAAAACAAUGAUGCCGACCAUGAUUUCUUACGUUCAAUAUUUUGCAUAUGUAUACAGCGUGUUCUUUAAGUACACAUGGGUACAUAGUCAUAACCCCCGAAAAACACCAUAGCAAUAUUCAUGGGAUGUAUUAGCCGGGUUUUUCAGACUUCUCAAGUUCCCAUUGAUUUGGGAAGGGCUCCUGCGGGUGAUUAUUGUUCCUGCUCCUCCAGUUGACUCUUUAAUAUGAAAUUAAGAAAAAUAUUUAUUAUAUAUAUAUAUAAAAUAAAGGGAAAAGAGAUUUUAUUUAAAAAACCUUUUCAAAAUGUUGUCCUUGAAAGGAUAAAUACUGGAGUCAGUAUUGGUGCCACCAUUCUGUCCCCCUUUUUUUGUCUCUUUUCAUUUCUUUGACGGCAAAAAAACAUGUCAAUUUUACGACUGUGACUUUUGCAUCUUUUUUUUUCCCCUUGUAGAACAUUUGUUGUGGUAGUUCCUCAUUUGGUUGUUGAAUCAUUUAGAUUGUGAAAAGUAAAAGUAAAAAAAAAAAUAUGUAUGUGAA